AUAAGUGCAAGUACUUCUGAAAUUGCGGUCUCAUUGUUGCUGGACUGUGCUAGACGAGGUUUUGUUCCAGGUUGCUUAUUUGGUCUAUAACGAAGACGCAGAAUGAGGGAGAUUGUUCAUUUGCAAGCUGGACAGUGCGGCAACCAAAUUGGUGCCAAGUUCUGGGAAGUGAUCAGUGACGAGCAUGGUAUUGACCCUACCGGCAGUUACCAUGGUGAUAGUGAUCUUCAGCUGGACAGAAUUAAUGUAUACUACAAUGAAGCCUCAGGUGGGAAGUAUGUCCCGCGUGCUGUGCUGGUGGACUUGGAGCCGGGUACUAUGGACUCGGUUAGGUCUGGGCCUUUUGGGCAGAUCUUCAGGCCUGAUAACUUUGUGUUUGGCCAGAGUGGUGCUGGUAACAACUGGGCCAAGGGGCACUACACAGAGGGAGCAGAACUAGUGGACUCUGUCCUAGAUGUGGUUCGCAAGGAAGCUGAGAGCUGUGACUGUCUGCAGGGCUUCCAGCUCACCCAUUCACUGGGAGGUGGCACUGGUUCUGGCAUGGGCACCUUGCUCAUCAGCAAGAUCCGUGAGGAGUACCCUGACCGCAUCAUGAACACCUUCAGUGUUGUGCCCUCUCCCAAAGUCUCCGACACAGUGGUGGAACCAUACAACGCCACGCUUUCGGUCCAUCAGUUGGUGGAGAAUACAGAUGAGACCUACUGCAUUGACAACGAAGCUCUUUACGAUAUCUGCUUCCGCACACUGAAACUCACAACACCCACGUACGGCGAUCUCAAUCAUCUUGUCUCUGCUACCAUGAGUGGGGUCACAACCUGUCUGAGGUUCCCUGGUCAGCUUAACGCUGACCUGCGCAAACUGGCUGUAAACAUGGUGCCUUUCCCCCGUUUGCAUUUCUUCAUGCCUGGCUUUGCCCCGCUCACCAGCCGGGGGAGUCAGCAAUACCGUGCCCUCACAGUUCCUGAGCUCACACAGCAGAUGUUUGAUGCCAAAAACAUGAUGGCUGCCUGCGACCCACGUCAUGGCCGCUAUCUCACCGUGGCCGCCGUCUUCCGUGGCCGUAUGUCCAUGAAGGAGGUGGACGAGCAGAUGCUCAAUGUGCAGAACAAGAACAGCAGCUACUUUGUUGAGUGGAUCCCCAACAAUGUGAAGACUGCUGUCUGUGACAUCCCACCCCGUGGCCUCAAGAUGGCUGCCACCUUCAUUGGCAACAGCACAGCCAUCCAGGAGCUUUUCAAGCGCAUUUCAGAGCAGUUCACUGCCAUGUUCCGACGUAAGGCCUUCCUGCAUUGGUAUACAGGAGAGGGAAUGGAUGAGAUGGAGUUCACAGAAGCUGAGAGUAACAUGAAUGAUCUGGUGUCUGAGUACCAGCAGUACCAGGAUGCCACUGCAGAAGAGGAAGGGGAGUUUGAAGAGGAGGCAGAGGAGGAACUGGCCUAAGUAAAGCUUGUUUUUGUUUUUUUGUGUCCCCCCUCCCCCCCUCAUUCAAAUAUGUUAUCUAUCUUACUGUCACUUGUGUUCCAAGUUGUACUUUCUUUAAUACUAAUAAAACAUGCAGUUAAGUACA